UUCCUGCCAAUGAUGGUACAGUAAUGGUACAGUUUUCCUUGUUAGAGUUGGCAUUGUGUUGUGGAGUGCUGUUGAUAUUGUGGGGUAGAUAAUUCUGUGUUGAGGAGCGGGGCUACCUUGUGACUGAUAAGCACUCCUCCAUUCAGAAAGGGGCAGGCCUCCCAUGGGAGUCAACAAAGCAUGGCAUAUCAAGUAGAGGUAGGACCAAGCUCCUCCCCCUGCAUCAAGGUUGGCAAGGCAUUCCAGCAUGGAGAAUAGGUUCCAAAAAGCUGACUUCUGCACCAGGGACAGGUCCUGAUCCCACUGUUAGGGCCCCCACAAACAGACCAAGCUACACAAUUGUUACCCACAUACAGAGGGCCUAGGUCAGUCCCAUGCAGGCUUCCUAGCUGUUGGUCCACAGUCCAUGAGCUCAGGUCAGCUGUCUCUGUGGAUUCCCUGUCUUGAUCAUGAGCCCCUUUGCUCCCACAGUCCCUCCCCCCUCUCUUCAUCUGAACUCCUGGAGCAUGGCAGAGUGCUUGGAUCCACAGUGUGGAUCUCUGCAUCUGCUUCCAUGAGUUACUGGAUGAAGGUUCUCUGAUGACAAUUAGGGUAGUCACCAAUAUGAUUACAGGAGAAGGCCAGUUCAGGUACCCUCUCCACUGUUGCUAGGAGUCUUAGCUGGAGCUACCCUUGUGGAUUCCUGGGAGUUUCCCUGGCACCAGGUUUCUCCCUAACCCCAAACUGGCCCCCACUAUCAAGAUCAUUACUUUCCCCCUCUGUCCCGCCCCCAACUCGACCAACCAGAUCCCUCAUAUUCCUAUACCCCACCCCACCCCACCCAGUUUACCCUAGGAGAUCUCAUCUAUUUCUCCUUCCCAGGGUGAUCCAUGUGUCCCUCUUAGGUUCCUCCUUGAUACUUAGCUUCUCUGGGGCUGUGGAUUGUAGCCUGGUUAUCCUUUGCUUUACAUCUAAUAUCCACUUAUAAGUGAGUACAUACCAUGUUUGUCCUUCUGAGUCUGGGUUACCUCACUCAGGAUGAUUUUUUUUUUCUAGUUUCAUCCAUUUGUCUGCAAAUUUCAUGAUGUCAUUGUUUUUCUCUGCUGAGUAGUACUCCAUUGUGUAAAUAUACCACAUUUUCUUUAUCCAUUCUUCGGUUGAGGGGCAUCUAGGUUGUUUCCAGAUUCUGGCUAUUAUGAAUAACGCUGCUAUGAACAUAGUUGAGCAAGUGUCUUUGUGGUAUGAUUGAGUAUCCUUUGGGUAUAUGCCCAAGAUUGGUAUAACUGAGUCUUGAGGUAGAUUGACUCCUAAUUUUCUGAGAAACUGCCGUACUGAUUUCCAGAGUGGCUGUACAAGUUUGCACUCCCACCAACAGUGGAGGAGUGUUCCCCUUUGCUCCACAUCCUCUCCAACAUAGGCUGUCAUUAGCAUUUUUUAUCUUAGCCAUUCUGACAGGUGUAAGAUGAUAUCUCAGAGUUGUUUUGAUUUGCAUUUCCCUGAUAGCUAAGGAUGUUGAACAGAUCUUUAAGUGUUUCUCAGACAUUUGAGAUUCUUUUGUUGAGAAUUCUGUUUAAAUUUGUACCCUGUUUUUUAUUUGGAUUGUUCAGUAUUUUGAUGUCUAGUUUCUUGAGUUCUUUAUAUAUUUUAGAGAUUAGCCCUCUGUCAGAUGUGGGGUUGGUGAAAAUCUUUUCCCAUUCUGUAGGCUGCCGUUUUGUUUUAUUGACAGUGUCCUUUGCCUUACAGAAGCUUUUCAGUUUCAGGUGGUCACAUUUAUUAAUUGUUGAUCUCAGUGUCUGUGCUACUGGUGUUAUAUUCAGGAAGCUGUCUCCUGUGCCAAUAUGUUCAAGGCUACUUUCCACUUUCUCUUCUAUCACGUUCAGUAAUAACAACAAUCUAGAAGCCUGUUGCCGAGCCCUUUCACAGGAGAGCAGCAAAUACUUGUAUAUGGAAUACCAUAGUCCAGAAGACAAUAGGAUGAAUAGAAAUCGCCUUUUGCAUAUUAACCUGGGCAUCCAUUCUCCUAGUAGCUACCACCCAGGAGAUGGAGCUCACCUUAAUGGUGGUCGAACACUGGUACAUAGCUCAAGUGAUGGACAUAUUGAUCCUCAGCAUACAGCAGGUAAACAGCUGAUAUGUUUAGUUCAGGAACCACACUCAGCUCCAGCUGUUGUGGCUGCUACUCCCAACUAUAAUCCAUUUUUUAUGAAUGAACAGAACAGAAGUGCAGCUACUCCUCCUUCACAGCCACCUCAGCAGCCAUCUUCCAUGCAAACAGGAAUGAAUCCAUCUGCUAUGCAAGGGCCUUCACCACCGCCACCUCCGUCCUACAUGCACAUACCUCGGUAUAGUACAAAUCCAAUUACUGUUACAGUGUCCCAAAACCUCCCUUCUGGACAGACUGUACCAAGAGCUUUACAGAUUCUUCCACAAAUUCCAAGCAAUCUCUAUGGAUCUCCUGGCUCUAUUUAUAUUAGACAGACAUCUCAGAGUUCAUCAGGAAGACAGACGCCUCAGAAUUCUCCAUGGCAGUCCUCAACACAAGGCCCAGUGCCUCAUUACAGCCAACGUCCUUUACCUGUUUAUCCACAUCAACAGAACUAUCAACCUUCUCAGUAUUCUCCCAAACAACAGCAGAUUCCUCAGUCAGCUUACCAUUCACCACCCCCUUCUCAGUGUCCUUCACCCUUUAGCUCUCCACAGCAUCAAGUACAGCCCUCGCAGCUGGGCCAUCCAAGCUCUCAUGUGUUUAUGCCACCUAGUCCUUCAACUACUCCACCCCACCUAUAUCAACAAGGACCUCCUAGUUAUCAGACACAGGGGAGUCAUUCAGUAGCUUAUCUCCCUUACCCAGCAUCUAGCUUACCCAAAGGUUCCAUGAAGAAGAUAGAAAUUACAGUUGAACCUUCUCAAAGACAUGGGACAGCAAUAACUAGGAGUCCUUCGCCCAUCAGUAAUCAACCAUCUCCAAGGAACCAGCACUCACUGUAUACAGCCACCACGCCACCUUCCAGUUCCCCUUCAAGAGGGAUAUCUAGUCAACCAAAACCUCCAUUUAGUGUUAAUCCUGUGUAUAUUACAUAUACACAGCCAACUGGACCCUCAUGUGCUCCAUCACCAUCUCCUCGGGUGAUACCAAACCCAACUACAGUUUUUAAAAUUACUGUAGGCCGAGCAACAACUGAAAACCUUUUAAAUUUAGUGGACCAAGAAGAACGUUCUGCAGCACCAGAACCUAUUCAGCCCAUUUCAGUGAUACCAGGCUCCGGGGGAGAAAAGGGAAACCACAAGUAUCAGCGGAGUUCUAGUUCUGGAUCAGAUGACUAUGCCUAUACACAAGCCUUGCUGUUACAUCAGCGAGCAAGGAUGGAGAGGUUAGCAAAACAAUUGAAACUUGAAAAAGAGGAGCUAGACCGGUUGAAGGCUGAAGUUAACAGUAUGGAGCAUGACCUGAUGCAGAGACGGCUCAGAAGGGUCAGUUGUACUACUGCGAUCCCCACGCCUGAGGAAAUGACAAGAUUGAGAAGCAUGAACAGACAACUCCAGAUAAAUGUUGACUGUACACUGAAAGAAGUUGACCUCCUUCAAUCUAGAGGAAACUUUGAUCCAAAAGCCAUGAAUAAUUUUUAUGACCACAUAGAACCUGGCCCAGUAGUACCACCGAAGCCAUCUAAAAAAGACUCCUCAGAUCCCUGCACGAUUGAGAGAAAAGCCCGAAGAAUUAGUGUGACUUCCAAAGUACAGGCAGAUGUCCAUGAAUCCCAGGCAGCAGCUGCAGACGAACAUAUAAGUGGCUGCAGACAGAGUCCUCGGACACAACCUCGAGAUGAGGAUUAUGAAGGGGCUCCAUGGAAUUGUGACAGCUGUACCUUUCUCAACCACCCUGCACUGAACCGCUGUGAACAGUGUGAGAUGCCGCGGUACACUUGAGUUCAGAAGAAUUGUCACCGAGUUGAGGGUGAAAAGUCACCACUUUGAGCACUCACUGGAAGAAAAGGAAACCUCGGGAUUGUGUUCAUCUGCCCAGCCUUUUCAUUUCUUGAUUGCACGGGGGGAGGAGGAGUGUGGCCACUGGGCUCACAAAGGAAAAAUGGGGAGGUCUUUCUUUUUUUCCUUUCUUAACUCAUUACAGAGUGAGAGGUGGAAGGGGAUACUUGAAACUGGGAAAGGAUUCACUCCUGAAAGAAUGUACACAGAGAAGUUAAGGGCUUCUGCGGAGUCCCAUUGUUAAAGUUCCUGCUGAGUGGCUCUUACUUUCUAAAGGGGAAUUCUGAAUUAUGGUAGGACUUGUUACAGUUUAUGCAGAAAAACUGUGAAUUCCAGGGCAGACUUACUUGGUUACAGCUUUCUGGAAACCAAGGCUCCCUGUGCCUCUUCCUGCUGCUUCCUGUGAAGAGAUGAACAGGAAAUAGCACCUGGGAUAUGCUUUAUUUUCUUUUUUGCAAAAUAAUGAGUUUAUUUGUAAUUGCUGCUUUUUUCAGGGGUAAUUUCAAACACACAUUCAUACGCAAACAGGAUACUUUAAAAUGUGAUUUGUAGUAGUCAGGAAUUAGGCAUAUCAUGCCCUUUGUGAGGAAGUACAAUCAGAGGUAAUAAUAUCUCUUUUGCUGCGUCGACACUGGUAACUAAGACCUCCUUAUGCCACAUAAAUUAUUGUAUACUUUUCUUAGGUUAUUGAUUUUAAAAGUAAUGAAGUAUGGUUUUAUAAAAUGACAUUCUCAAAAAACCAUGCUUUGCCAGUAGCACAGUGAAUGUAUGCCAAAUGAAAGUCACUCAAAAACCCAUUUGGAAAUCCUGAGCUCAGCUGUGGUUCUUAAGAAAUACUUGCAGUAUAUAGGGUCCCCCACUUCUGGUUUGUGAUGAAUACAUGAUGUUUACAGCACUAAAAAUACUUUGUACCAUAGUCUGAUUUAGCUGAAAAAAUCAAUAUGAGCUAUUUAUUUGCACAUGUGUUAACCAGCCAAUGAGAGGGAAAUUGAAGUUGACCAACAUCAUAAAGUUGCAUUAUUUGAGUUGUAAGAGAAGACUACUCACAAAAUCUGAUUGGGCUGGGGAUACAGCUCAGUGGAAGUGCACUAGCCUAGCAUACACAAGGUGCUCUAGGUUUGAAAAGAAAAAGAAAAAAUACUAUCAAAACAAUAAUGUAUACAGGGGGUUUUGAAUUUUUUUUUAAGUUGAAUAGACAUCAUACUGAAUUCUGGCAGUUCAGGGAAUACUAAAGCACUACUUAUGAGACAGAAUGCAGGUGUGGAUACACUGAAGAAGAUAAUAAGUCAGGCCACUUGCCAUGAUGUAUCAUGAGAAAAUUAAUAAUAUUAUAUUUAAGUAAGUUCUCUGCCUUAAAUUUUAUUCUUGGCUCAGAAUUGAAUUUUGGAAUCUCUCCCCAUUUUGGUGAAGAUAGACAGCAAUAAAGUUGGUAGGUUUCUCCAUCCUGAAGAAUUGUACCUGAAGAACUACUAGGUCCGCCCCCCUGCUCCUGUUACACACUUUGUACUGUCACUGUAUUCUAAUUUAGCAUUAGUCUCUGGCAGACCUGGAGAAACAAGCUGCGCUCCCAGCAUAAUGAAACCAAAGGCAUAACUCACUGUAGUUUUCUAUCAGAACCAUGAUUUUGCACACUGCAUAUAGCCUUCAUCUGUGGAGAAUGCCCCAAGUACAUCCAUUUGUCUCACGAAGAGCAUGAUUCUGUAAUUACUAGUAAAUCUCUCUCCGCCAACUGUGGCAAAACUGUGAAAAUAGCAAUGAUGGAAAAGCAGACAGGCGCAGAACCAUGGAUUUGGAAAGGGUGAAGGACUUGUAACAUGGCUAGUCUCUUCUUGUCAAUCCCCAAUACCAGUCUAGCAGUCCUACUGUUCUUUAAGGUGCCCUUGCCGUUGUAUGGUUUCUUGUCUCCCUUAGUGAUGGACAACUCCACUUGCUGUUAACCAAACAAGUUAGGGGAACAUAUAUACUACUUGGUAUUCUACCUAAAAGAUGUACAAGUAUCCAUAGUGAGAUGCUGAAAUACCAACAGUUAGUGUGGCACUUGUUAGUUGAAAAUGAAAGUAGCAUGUGUGAAAAGUCUGAUGCUUUAUUAAAACCAUGUAGAUGAUAUUAAAACUAUUGCAUGAAAACACGCCAAGGUCAAUAAGCUGUUAACAUACAGUAGAUGCAUGGUUUCAGUCCUUUGAUGAUAUAUCUAGUCAGUCAUAGCUUUCACCUGACAAAAAAAAUGAGGCAACAGUUGAUUUGCUUGGUUUAAAAGGUGGUUAUGAGACAUCAGAAGGACUUUAAGAAAGUUUUGUACAUGUUAAGUUUUAGUUGUUCACAAGUUUCAUAUGCCUACAUAGGCUGUAUUCAGUUCCUAAAAAUGAACAGAAUAACUUGACACUGGUUAAUUUGAUACAUUUAACUGUUCCAUAUAUAGACUGCUCCUUACCUAUGACCAGUUCGAAUAAGAAUUCAUUGAACCUUCCAGUUCUUUUUUUUUCCAGAAUGUUCUCCUGGUCAGAUUGGUAUGCAUAAGUGGGUGGAAUAUAGUGGUAAGGUAGAACUUGGGUGAUAACCGGCUGCUGAGUUGUCCGUGCCCUUUGGAUCAGUUGGUGCACUCUUGUUUCGUGUGAGAGGCUUGCUUUCAUAAAAUACUAGUUUAAUGUAUCUGGUAACACAGACCUGACUCUACAGUUUUCAUUAUUUCACUGUUGUUGUAAACUGGGUUUUUAGGAAGCAUGGUUGCCAUUGUGUUAAAAGAGCAUUGCCCCCUUCAGUUUUGGAGUUCUUCAAGUUUAAAGUGAAAAUAGAAGAGCCAGAAACCUGUAAGCACUGUAAAAUGUUUUGAAUUGAUACUGAGCUAGUUUGGGAGAAAGUAGAGGCAGGGGAUAUUAAAGAAACAAAAGAAAUGUGUUGUACAGAUUUGUAGUUUUAGAACAGAUUAAUGAUGGUGGAGGAGAGUGUUGCUAAUGUGUUCAUUUCCCAGGAAGAAAUGGGAAGAGUAAUAUGCAGUUUAAUGUUUAAGGAGCUGGUCUCAAUGUUAGUACUUUCUAAUUAUAAAAGAAAUCAAUGUUUCCUUAAAUUUUGUCAUUGGUUUGUCACAGAUAUCUAAGGGUUCAUUUCCAACUCUCUGUGGCAACUCAGUUUUAUAUAGUCUUUUAAAGAGGUUAAUUGUUUAUGUAUUUCUGACAGUAUGAAGAGAAAGAAUAUGAGGCAUAGAAGAACUGUCUUUUAGAAAUAUCAGUGAUGUAUCCUGGAAUGUGAAGAUGUCCCUUUAAGAUUACAAAUUGAAUUAUUUUAAUAUUGUACCACUGUUAGACCUUGAAUGAAUCCAUGUUGCAGUGUGUGUGUCCAUAUAUCUCUAGAGAAAAGGAAAUGACAGUUGAAAUGUUACUUAAAAACUCAGAAUUGGGCACUGUCUGUAUUGCGCCACUACUGUGUCUUUUUUAAAGAAUUAACAGUAUUUCCCUCUUGUGAAAGUUAAUUCUGAUGAUGUUUCAUAUUCACCAGAUUUUUUCUGUAUUAUCUGCAUCCCCAAAUAUUUCAAGUAGAAUUGUGCAUGGCUUGGGCAUUCAGAGAUAACAGAAUGAGUCCAUUUUAAUUUCUAAAGCCAUAAAAAGUUGCUUUGAGACUGAAUAGUUCUGAGUUCUUAUUUAUAACUACACCGUUGUCCAUGUUUCUUUCCCUACUGUAAAAGAAUUGAUCAUUUUCUUCAUUAAAGCAGCAAGAAAUUAAUUAAACCUUGUA